UAAUUGUUAGCAUAGUAGCGUUCGGCUGAUCGCUCACCACCGGGGCAGGCGCUCAUUGUUGGUGAAUUGUUUGUAAAUGUGUACCGAUAUCGCUGGUAUGAUUCUGGAUGUAAUUCCAGAACAUAAAGCCAACUAGUUUCUUCCAUAAUUUUCCGAAGAUAGUUGGUUGUUCUUCGGUGAUUAGCCUAUAAAAUAUGCUCCCUCGCUUUAUGGGCCUUGUUUCCGACUAGCACGUCCCGGCUAUUAGCAUGCUUACCAGUCAAUGACCCUGUCCUGAAUUGUUGUGUUUACCUACUCUGGACCGUUAUCUAAUACUAUACGCACUGUAAAAUAUUCUCAAAUGGAUACUCCCGAAAGCCCAUUGCAGUCUCCUGUAGAUGAAAAGGACCUUUCUGACAGUGACCUCCUGGAUUCUCCUGAUGAGGAGGAGGAUAGGGUCAUCUCAGACAGUGAGCUACUCUAUGAAGAGAAUGGAGAACUGGCGCAGGACGAUGAGGAUGAGGAUACAGUCGAAAUCUCGGGAGGAGGUCUGCCAUCACAGGCGGUGACAGGAGAAGAGGAUGAGGUAGUACCUGACUUUGUUUCUGAGCCAGAGGAUGAUGAACUUGUUGGAGAAACUGGCGGGUUAGGACAAGAGAAUGAGGCAAUUUUGCUAAUGGAAGGGGAUGAUGAUGAUGAAGAUGAUUAUAAAGAUGAAGAUGAUGAUGGACAACAGGAGGGUGAGUUGGAUGGAGAGGAUGAGGUAGAAGUUGCAGAUGAUCAAGUACUCGACCCUCCCCAGUCUCCAGAACCAGAACAAGGCAAGAACUUUGCCACGAAGGAAAACAACAAAGAUUUAUCAAAAGCAUAUGGAGACUACAGAAGGGAUGCAGCCGAUGUGGAGGAUGAAGAAGAAGAGGAGGAGGAAGAGGAAGGAGUGAAAAGAGUUGCAGAAGAGCAGAAUGAUAUUUUACGUACCAGAGAGGGGAGAGCUGCUGUGUCGAGAAGGAUUAAGGAAGACUCGCCGUCUGUUUCCAGGGAGCUUGAUGAACAUGAACUGGAUUAUGAUGAGGAGGUCCCAGAGGAGCCCAACAUCCCCACACACGACGAUGAGGAAGAAGAGGAUGCAAAACUAGCCUUGGAAGAGGAGGUGAGCGAAGGCACGACGGUAAAGAAACAAGAGAAGAAACCAAUCCUACCCCCAUCCCCCAAAGAUGGGGAAUGCAGGAAGACGGAUGACUCCAAAAUCCACAGAGAUUCUUUCAAAGACAAGAAGAAAGAAGAGGAUGAUGGAGAGAUUGAUGAAGGAGAAAUUGAUGAUGAUGAUUUGGAGGAGGGGGAAGUGAAAGAUCCCUCAGAUCGAAAGAUCAGACCACGUCCUAUCUGUCGGUUCUUCAUCAAAGGGAAUUGUACUUGGGGUAUGAACUGUCGGUUUAUUCACCCUGGUGUCAAUGACAAAGGUAACUAUUCCCUCAUCACGAAGCCAGACCUCUUCUCACCUAAUGGCGCUCAGCCUGCAGGACCCCUGCCACUGAUACCCAACAACUCCUGGACUGCACCUGCGGUAGAGGAGCUCCCUCCUCCCCCACCUCCAGUGGAACCUCCUGUGGAAAGUGCGUGGGAGAGGGGCCUAAGGCACGCCAAAGAGAUGUUGAAGAAGGCCACCAUUCGAAAGGAACAAGAGCCAGACUUUGAGGAGAAACGUUUCAAUGUGACAAUUGGAGAAGAUGAGAGAGAGUUUGACAAGGAGAAUGAGUUCUUCCGGGAACGCAGCUACCGCAUAAUCAGAGAAGAAGUGGACAUCAGAGAGCCAAUAUAUGGUGAUCAAUAUGCUGAUCCAUAUUAUGACUAUGAAAUGGAGUCUCUAUGGCGAGGUGGGCAGUAUGAAAACUUCCGAGUGCAGUACACAGAAGCUCCUCUUCCUUACCACUACAAUGAGCGUGAAAGGGAACGGGACCCUCGGGAGAGGCACAGAGAUCGAGAGCGGGAGAGAGAUCACCGUGAGAGAGAGCGCCGGCAGAGGGAACGAGAGCGGGAGAGAGAGCGGGAGAAGGAGCGAAUGAGGCGGAAAGAGGAGUGGGAGAGGGACAGGAUAAAGCGAGAUGAAAAGGAACGACCGAAGAUGCGGCCCCCUCGAGACAUGCGGGAGAAGAAAGAUGACAACAAACUCAAACCACAGUCACCGUUAAUUUUGCCACCCAACCGACCAAUGGAACCUCCCAUAAAGAAAGAGCUCGUGCCAGCAAUGAGACAACCAGAUGAGUGGAAGGACCCUUGGCGUCGGUCAAAAUCCCCCAGGAGAAGAUCUGCUCUGGGCUCCCCACCCCGAGGUCGUCGGAGAAAUCAUCAUUCGGGUUCCUCCGUUUCGCCGUCAAACUCUUCCCGGUCUUCGUCUCGCUCUUCGUCCUACACAGGCUCUGGGUCGUCGAGGUCCCACAGCCGCUCCACCUCAUUCAGUUCCUACACCAGCCACUCCUCCCGUCACAGCUCAUUCAGUGGGAGCCGCUCUAGGUCAAGAUCGUUCUCCACGUCUCCCUCACCAGCUCCAGUUGUACCAAGGAAUGCCAAAAAUAAACCAGACGUUCCUCCACUGCUUGCUAAAGGCAUGCCGUUGAAGCAGGGUGCUGCACCCACUCCGCGCAGGGAUAAACCUCCCAUGAAAAAAGCUCCGACUCCACCGCCGCCAAGUGGACCAAUGAGCAGGCCUUUCAAACCCUUGCCUGAGGGGGGAAAGCCUUCCGCGAAUCUUCGGGAGACCGGCGGCGUUGUUGUUGGGGGCGGUGGUAACGUUAGUGCCGCUGGUGGUGGCGGCGGCGGCGGUGUAAUGGUGAGACAGCCACCUUCCCGGGAACAACCUGGCAAGCCUCCCAACCAGAGGGAAGGAAGGCAGAAAGAACGGCAACAGCAUCCUCCUCGGAGGCGGACUGUAAGUGGGAGUGUUAGUGGAAGUGGCAGUAGUUACUCUGGUUCAAGCUCUCGGUCCAGAUCUUCUUCGAACUCCCUGUCACAUUCACGUUCCGGAUCCAAAAAAUCCAAGUACGUCCACACUUUUUUUGUGAGCAGUGUGUCUUCGGUAUCAUCGGGUUCAUCGGGCAGUAGUUCCAUGCGUAGCGCAGACUCUGACGACAUGUAUGCUGACCUGGCUAGCCCCGUGUCUUCAGCCAGCACUCGCUCACCUACGCCAGGGCACCCACGCAAAGAGCGAGUGGUCCCCCCUCGGGAUCGACCUCCACAGAACAGAGACAAGAACAGGGAGAGGGUGGUGAAGAAAGACGAACCCUUAAGGGAGGAUCGCAGGAAGAUGAACCCAUCUGGCGGCCCACCAAGAGGAGGCCACCCCAUGCCCAGACCAGUCCCCGGAAACAGAGGUGGUCACCCUGCACACCACCCUACUGGAAAUAUGCCCCCACCGGGAAUCUAUGGUGGUCCCAGUUCCCAUAAAGACAUCAAACUCACCCUUCUCAGUAAGCAGCAAGGUGGUGAUAGGGGAAACAGAAAGCGCUAUCUCCCCUCAGACAAACACCGGCCUGGUUCCCCCCUCAGCAAGAGAAUGGCCAUGUCUCCUGACAGAGCUCGUGAUCGGAGGAUAUCUGGUCGACCCCCACUCUCCCCUCGAAUGGAUCGCCCCAGAGGCCAAGGAUCCCGGCCACUGCCCCCCCAGGGGGACAGAAAGCGUCCUCUGUCACCACCCCCGAAAUCAUCUGGAAAAGGACCCGGAGUCCAGUCUGGCAAGCUCGCCGCCACGGCUCCAGCUGCCGCUUCCAGUAAACCCAGCAACACCCUGUCUCGUCGCGAGGAACUACUCAAGCAACUUAAGGCCGUGGAAGACGCCAUCGCUCGGAAAAGAGCAAAGAUCCCCAGCAAAUAAGAAGAGAGUCCGUUCCCCGCUCCUAUUGGCUGGCUGGCUGUGCUGUCCACGCCAGCACACAGUGCGCAGAGCCCAGGCCACUCGCAGGUCGGAUCAAUUCCCGGUGAAUCCUGCUCGACUCUUCUGCCUCCAGUGGACAUGUACAAAAAUGUAUGGCUCAUGUGUGCAUUGUGUCGGUGAACAUGUGGCCUCCACAAGAGUUUUGUCUUAGAGCAUCUUUCACUCCCGAAUGCCCUCUUUGGCCUAGUCGUUGAAAAGCAGGAGGGGAACCACGGGCAUGCUGGGAUAGAAAAGUCUCUUUUGUCUACCAACCAACAGAAGGCGUCGCUCUGAUCUUUGAGUGAGAAAACAGUCUGUUAUUUGUGCGCCUGAUGAAUAGCAAGAUUCUCUAGAAUCUGCCCCCCCCCCUCCUCCCCAGUUGUUUGUUUUCUGUAUGAAGUGUAAGUUCAGCGUAGUAGGACAUGACAACUGCAAGGCUUCCCAAUCCUUUGUAAAAUUUUGAAAUUUGUUGCAAGUCCUUAGUGUUUCCUUGUAAGUGACAACACUGCUCAUAGGUCCACCUUAAACCAAAGGUCUGUCCAGAGUUUUGUUGUGACACCCUGUUUGUCGCACAUCAGGGGCUCAAGAAAUGUAUACACAGCUGUGGUGAGGUAUGCCUUUUUAACACACACAAAAAAAAAGCAUUUUAUUUUCUUCAUAGCUCUUCUCAGAAGUUAUAAACCAAUGGUUUAUUUGUCAUAUUUGUAGUUGGGGGAGAGAGGUUGCAAAUGGGACAUUCGAGACAAAUUUUGUGACAAAGCCUAAAUAAACUAUUUUGAUAAAGA